CAAUUGGGAGCGCAGUACCUCCGUACAAUGCAAUCUCACGCUACAAUUCCCUGAUCAUCAACGAAACAAUUCAUAUAAGUCAAACUGCGAGAAGCUCACUCGGAGCUUUCUCUGCGAUCAUGAAUGGCAAAAGUCUCACGAAGGUGCUCCGCUGCAGCAGCUGCACCAUCAAAAUAGCAGGGAAAGGUGUUUCAAUACAACAGCGAACACUCUCGAGCUCCCCAGUACGACAAAAGCAUGGUGCUAUUCCUACCUUCACCGAGGUCUCCUCUCCAGAAUUGCAAGAUCUGUUUACCCAACUCCGCGAGCGAGUCUUCCUCCCGGCCCAUAUCACACAGCAACAACGAGACCUCAUAUUUAAGGGGAAGAACAAGAAGGCACUCGAAGUGGAACCAGUGACGGCUGUUGUAGCAGGCGAAGAGUUUACACUCAAACCUCUUGACCCACUGGCUGACGUACCGUCGAGGUACAAGAGCCUCAACAAGGCAUUGUAUUUGAUGCAGGAUAAAAGGGACUGGAACAAUCUGCCGAAUCUUUUGCAGGGCUUAAAGACCGUCAAAUUCAAACUUCGUGAGGACGAACGUCUGGGUUUGUUACGCAAAAUUGCGAAGGCUGGGCGACAGGAUGUUCUCCUGGAAUGCUUAAGAAGAGCCGACGAGACGGGCUUCACAUUGAAGAGCCCGAGUUUCGUGGUGCAAGUGUUUUUCUGGAUGCAACAGAAGGCGUACCAGAGUGACUGGGAUGCUGAGGAGACGAAGAAAGCACUGCAGUGGGCGGAAAUGGUGAAGGAUAUGAUGGCAGAGCCAAAGCACCAACCAGCAGCGGGCAGCGAUCCUCUGCCAGAUCUUCACGAAGUCCACGGAAUACUACUCGAGCUUGCUGCUGUCAGGGCUAGCAGUCACCAGGAUGGGAAAGACGCGGACGGAAAGGUGGAGAAGUAUGCGUCUGACCUCCUAGCAUCGCCGCGACAUUUUGAAGUUCGCCAUAAAAGCAACCGCGGGGCACCAAACUACUGGUUAAGCACAAACAUUCCAACGCUUCAUGGCUUAAGAAUUGCCCAAGAAGUACUCGGCGCAACAUCCGAACUUUCGAUAGGAUUGAAGACACUGGGUGAGGAAUUGGAGCCGCUUUUGUCACAAGCCAAAGACCGGAUUUCAGAGACUCCUAAUAGAAACGGGGCUCUUCCGACAAGUGUAUUGUUGUAUGAGAAGCUGUUGAGUUCUGAAUCAUCGUAGUAUGACACUGUAUACCAAGCCAGAGGUAUAUAUGACCAAUCUGUACAUUAUGUAGAUUAGUAUUGGAGUUUACGAAUCGAAGGCUUUGAACGUGAGCUUCUUGAACGUUGCAUUCGAGGUAUUUUGCUGGUUCUAUCCUGCAGUACUCCAAAAGAAACCAUCGUCAAUUUUCCAUAGGAAAUACUCUUCAUAGCUGACAUAUGAAAAUUUUGACAUUCUUUUGGC